GCGGCGCCAGUGAGCGGCCCGGGGGCCCGGGCGGCUCCGGGCCGGGGUCCCGCUUCGGGACGGACCAUGCUACGCUCCACCGGCUUCUUCAGGGCCAUCGACUGCCCCUACUGGGCUGGGGCGCCCGGGGGGCCCUGCCGGCGGCCUUACUGCCACUUCCGGCACCGCGGGGCCCGGGGCCCCGGCGCGCUCGUCGGCGGCGGAGCGGCGCCCCCCGCAGCAGGGCUCGGUUACGAUCCGUACAACCCCGAGCUGCCCAAGCCCCCCGUGCAGAGGGAGAAUGGAGCGCCGGGCCGGGGGGACGAGCCCCGCUCGGACAUCCUGGAGCUGGAGCUGGUCAACCAGGCCAUCGAGGCCGUGCGCUCGGAGGUGGAGCUUGAGCAGCGGAGGUACCAGCAGCUCCUGGAGGCGGCCCGCGAGCACAGCGCCGCCGAGGCCCCCGCCGUGGCGCCCCGUGGCCCUGCCGCCUGCCCCACCGCCGGCCUGGACGAGGACGCCUUCCCGCUGUCCUUGGAUUACAACCCCGGUGGCCGCCGCGGCCUGCUGGGCCCCGACGCCAGCUACCAGCCCAGUCCUGUGGCUGCCGCCGCCGAGGCAGGUAGCAAGUACUCGCUGGCCUGUCUGGGUCGGGCGCAGGGCCGAGGUGGGGGGGGCGGUGGCACCCUGGAGUACGUCCCCAAGGCUGUGAGCCAGCCCCAGCGACACGGCCGCCCCGUCCCCAGCAGCAAGUACGUGCUGGACGACUCCAAGCCGUCCACGGACCUGGAGUAUGACCCACUGUCCAACUUCUCCGCCCGGCUGCUCAGCAGGGCCAGCUCCAAGGACGACAGGGCCCCCAAAAGGCCCAGGGGCUCCCGGGGCAGCGAGCCCUACACACCUGCCCUCAAGAAACCCUGCGACCCCUUUGCCGGCUGCGAUGCCAGGUUUUCAGACUCUGAUGACGAUGCCGCCGCAACCCCGGCCGUUGUGCCUGUCACCAGCAGCCCCCCGAGAGCUCACGCGGGCCCUGAGAGCAAGGCCCCCGGGCAGUCAGGCUCCAGGGAGGGCCAGGACGCCGAGGAGGGCGGCCCGCGGGAGACCAAGGAGAUGGCGGUGCAGUAUGACGUGGAGGACCUCGGGCAGCCCCCCAAGGACCCUGGGGGGACGCCCGUGGCCAAGCCCGGCUCUCCGGCCAGGGCCUCCCAGGAGCCCAGUGGCUCCAAGCAGGGAAAACCCAAGAAGAAGAGUGGGGCAGCGCCCGCCCCCAGCCACAAGGACGGCGUCCGGAAGAAGGACAGGGGCAGAGACGGAGAGCGCGGGAGGCCGGCCGGGAAGCCCUGUGCAGACCGGAAGGGCCCACAGGCUGGCGGCCCCCGGCAUAGGACCGAACCGCCCGAAGGGACCAAGAAAAAGCCAUCUUCGGCCACCCUGGUGGCCAGCUCAGGGAAAAGCCGGCCUGACCGUGGGGGUGUCCCCCAGCUGCCAAACAGGACCGGCGGGAAGACCGCGUCGGGCAAGCUGGCCGAGCGGAAGGCCCGCUCCCUGGACGAGGGGCCCCCCCGGGAUGCCCCGAAGCUGCAGAAGCGGGCCCUGAGCCACGCAGACCUCUUUGGGGACGAGAGCGAGGAUGAGGGCCCGGGACCCGCGGCGCCCCCCGCCGCCCCGCCCCGCCUCAGCUCCACCUCCGACUCGGACUCGGACUCGGACUCGGACUCCGACAGCAGCCUGGGCGGCUCGGCCGCUCGGGGCCCGCGCAAGCGCCUCAAGGCCCCCCCACCCACCAGGCCUGCCCCUGCCUCUCCCUCCUCAUGCUCCUCGUCCUCGUCCUCCUCUGGGCCAGGCGGGGGUGUGGACUACUCCGCCCUGGAGAAGGAGGUCGACUUUGACUCGGACCCCAUGGAGGAGUGUCUGCGCAUCUUCAACGAGUCCACCAGCGUCAAGACGGAGGACAGGGGCCGGCUGGCCCGGCAGACCCCCAAGGAAGAGAAGAUCGAAGACAAGGGGCAUUCGGGGCUGACCACUCUGUUCCCUGGGCAGAAGAGGAGAAUUUCUCAUCUCGCCAAGCAAGGCAAGGAGGCGGAGCCCGUGAGGAGAGGCCCAGCUCCCCCCGCCCGGCCUCCCACCGCCCAGGAGGUGUGCUAUCGGCGGGCCCAGCAGGCCCAGCGGGACUCGGCCAGCUGGCUGCAGGCCCCCCAGCAGCUGGCGGAGAAGCCCUCCUCUGUCCACAUCUCAGCCCCUGGCGAGAAGAGGAGGAUCGCGCAUGUCCCCAACCCCCGCCUGGCUGCCGCCCCCACAGGUGCCAAGAGGGCCCUCGCCGCCAGCAGCAGCCAGCCUGCCGAUGGCCCCGAGUCGGGCAGCCAGCCCCUGAAGGCGCGCACGUUGUCAGGCAUGGCGUCCAAGACCACCACCACUGUCACCCCCAAGCGCGUCGCCCACAGCCCGUCCUUACAGAGUUUAAAGAAGCCCAUUAUCCCGAAAGAGUUUGGGGGCAAAGUCCCCACGGUCAUCCGCCAACGGUAUCUCAACCUGUUCAUUGAGGAGUGCCUCAAGUUCUGCUCCUCGAACCAGGAAGCCAUAGAGAAGGCGCUGAACGAGGAGAAGGUGGCCUACGACCGCAGCCCCAGCAAGAACAUCUAUCUGAACGUGGCCGUGAACACACUGAAGAAGCUGCGGGGCCUGGUCCCCAGCUCCGCGCCCGGGCUCACCAAAACCAGUGGCCGGAGGCUUGUGUCCCAUGAGAUGGUGCUGGGGGGCAAAUUGGCCACCAAGACCAGCUUCUCGCUCAGCCGCCCGAGCAGCCCCCGAGUGGAGGACCUGAAAGGGGCCGCCCUGUAUGGCCGCCUCAAGGAGUAUCUGCUCACCGAGGACCAGCUCAAAGAGAACGGCUACCCCUUCCCUCACCCCGAGCGGCCGGGGGGGGCCGUCCUCUUCACGGCCGAGGAGAAGAAGCCCAAGGACUCGUCCUGCCGGAUCUGCUGCCGCUGUGGCACCGAGUACCUCGUGUCUGCGUCCGGCCGCUGCGUGCGUGAGGAGGAGUGCUACUACCACUGGGGGCGGCUCCGCCGGAACCGGGUGGCCGGCGGCUGGGAGACCCAGUACACGUGCUGCUCAGCCGCCAUCGGCUCCACUGGCUGUCAGGUCGCCAAGCAACACGUGCAGGACGGCCGCAAGGAGAACCUCGCGGGCUUUGUCAAGACUUUCGAUAAAGAACUUCCGGAAGACGCUCACCCCGGGAUCUUCGCCCUCGACUGUGAAAUGUCCUACACCACGUACGGCCUGGAGCUGACGCGCGUCACGGUAGUGGACACGGACAUGCACGUGGUGUACGACACCUUCGUCAAGCCGGACAACGAGAUUGUGGACUACAACACCAGGUUUUCAGGGGUGACGGCGGCCGACCUCGCCAACACGAGCAUCUCGCUCCGGGACGUCCAGGCCGUCCUGCUGAGCAUGUUCAGUGCCGACACCGUUCUCAUUGGACACAGCCUGGAGAGCGACCUGCUGGCCCUGAAGGUCAUCCACAGCACUGUGGUGGACACGUCCGUGCUCUUCCCGCACCGCCUGGGCCUCCCGUACAAGCGCUCCCUGCGGAACCUCAUGGCCGACUACCUCAGACAGAUCAUCCAGGACAACGUGGACGGGCACAGCUCCAGCGAGGACGCCAGCGCCUGCAUGCACCUGGUCAUCUGGAAGAUCCGAGAAGACGCCAAGACCAAGCGGUGACCGCUGCCGCCCGCCCGCCUUCCCCGCGGCCCCGGCCCGGCCCGGCCUCUGCCCCAGCCUCUUCCAAAACAGUGCAAUAAAUCUCGAGAGCUAACCCUGUCCACGUCGCCAAGACAUGGAAACAGAGAGAGCGGGACGAGCCGGCGGCACGGAGACCACCUGGAGCCCUGCCCCCCACCCGGCCCCCUGCGCCGCCCCUGCCUUGUGUCCUCUGGAGACUGCUGCUGACUCCCCGAGGAGGCCGGACAGACGUUCCCCGCUCCCCCCGGCCCCCGGGCCCGCUGCGUCCCUGGCAGCCAGGCCUCCUGGCUCUCCGGCCGGGCAGGCUUUUCGUGGGUGUGUUCGAGACAGGGGUUUUUUUAUUUUGUAUUGUUAUUUUUAUUAUUUGUAACUUAAACCUGGCGACUCGCACAGUUGUCUUUUCCCUACCCGGAGACGCAAGACCCUGGUGCUGCCUUCCCUGUUGGGGGAGGGGGAGAAGUUGGGGGGCCGGGGGCCGACAAGCUGGCACUUGGGCAGCCACCAGGACCAAGAGUCCAGCCUGGCCUGGGCCGGACGGGUGGGAACUGGACUCCAUGACCUCUGGGAACCAAGCCAGCCCCCACCCCCCGCCACUCCCCCCCCCAGGGCCUCGCCUUCCGGACCCCUUCAGGGCGCCUCAGCCUCUGGACCCUGUCUUCCCGCCGGAGCCUCAUCCUCCCCAGGGGCUGUCUGUAAAGGCCUGCAGCCUCCCAGGGCCCUGAGCCCUUCUUCCCCAACCCGAGGCAGGGACAGAAUAAAUGUUUGUAUGGAUUUUA